AGGCAGGGGCGAGGGGCUGCGGGAGGAGCCCGGCGGACGCUGCGGCUUUCGAUUCUCCGUCUCCCCUCCCUCUCUUUGUUCAGGCCUGGACUUCUCCUCCCACCCUUUCGAUCCAGGGUGGGAGGGAGAAAGGAAGGAAGCCUUAACGGCUGUAGAAAAUGGUGAAAGAAACCACUUACUAUGAUGUUUUGGGAGUCAAACCGAACGCCACCCAGGAAGAAUUGAAAAAGGCUUACAGGAAACUGGCCUUGAAGUACCACCCUGAUAAGAAUCCAAAUGAAGGAGAGAAGUUUAAACAGAUUUCUCAAGCUUAUGAAGUGCUCUCUGAUGCAAAGAAAAGGGACUUGUAUGACAAAGGAGGAGAACAAGCCAUUAAAGAAGGUGGAGCAGGUGGUGGUUUUGGCUCCCCCAUGGACAUCUUUGAUAUGUUUUUUGGAGGAGGCGGAAGGAUGCAGAGAGAAAGGAGAGGUAAAAAUGUUGUGCAUCAACUUUCAGUAACCUUAGAAGACUUAUAUAAUGGUGCAACAAGAAAGCUAGCUCUGCAAAAGAAUGUGAUUUGUGACAAAUGUGAAGGCCGAGGUGGUAAGAAAGGAGCAGUAGAGUGCUGUCCCAAUUGCCGAGGUACUGGGAUGCAAAUAAGAAUUCAUCAGAUUGGACCUGGAAUGGUUCAGCAGAUUCAGUCUGUGUGCAUGGAAUGCCAGGGCCAUGGGGAACGGAUCAGUCCUAAAGACAGAUGUAAAAGCUGCAAUGGAAGGAAGAUAGUUCGAGAGAAGAAGAUUCUAGAAGUUCACAUCGAUAAAGGCAUGAAAGAUGGCCAAAAGAUAACAUUCCAUGGUGAAGGAGACCAAGAACCAGGACUGGAGCCAGGAGACAUUAUCAUUGUUUUAGAUCAGAAGGACCAUGCUGUUUUUACUAGGCGAGGAGAAGAUCUAUUCAUGUGUAUGGACAUACAACUGGUUGAAGCAUUGUGUGGCUUCCAAAAGCCAAUAUCUACUCUUGACAAUCGAACCAUAGUAAUCACCUCUCAUCCAGGUCAGAUUGUCAAGCAUGGAGAUAUCAAGUGUGUGCUAAAUGAAGGCAUGCCAAUUUAUCGUAGACCAUACGAAAAGGGUCGCCUAAUCAUUGAAUUUAAGGUAAACUUUCCUGAGAAUGGCUUUCUCUCUCCUGAUAAACUCUCUUUGCUGGAAAAACUCCUACCUGAGAGGAAAGAAGUAGAAGAGACUGAUGAAAUGGACCAGGUAGAACUAGUGGAUUUUGAUCCAAACCAGGAAAGGCGACGCCAUUACAAUGGAGAAGCUUAUGAGGACGAUGAACAUCAUCCUAGGGGUGGUGUUCAGUGUCAGACCUCUUAAUGGGGCCAGUGAAUAACACUCACUGCUGGCAGUUUAAAUGCAGUAGUGAAUGAGUGAAGGACUGUAAUCAAUACGAUCACUACUUGGCAAUUGUUUUUGUUUUAAUAUUCAACUAUAGUAGUGUUUUAAAGUUAAAUGAAGAAUAAACUCAAAUAUAAAAGCUCCAACUUUGCCCUGUAUGUAUGAUGACUUCAGUGUGCAAGAUAAAGUUUAAUACCUGUAAAAACUACUUUUAAAGAAUUGCUCCUAGCAUUUGUUAGGCCAUACAUUGUAAUGAUUUUGGCUAUCUAUGUACAUGAAAUAGUGUAGACUGAAAAGUUCUAGGUGUGUGUAUUAAUUUCAGUGUAUGACCCUUACUUGUUUAAACUCUGAAAGUUAAAACUGUAUUUAACUGGCAGUCAAAGAAUUUAAUUUGUUAGGGCAGUGUUUUUCUGUAUAAUUACUUGUAUUAAGUGGGAUUCAUUGUGAUGCCUCUACAUUUAUUCUAUUGCCUCAACUGUUAUUUGACGGCAUGAUAAAUAAUUUAGCCUGUGGUAUCAGUGAUAGAAAAGAUAACCUUUCUAAAGAAGGGGUUUAUCAUAAUAUGCUGCUGCUUGAGGGCUUGCACUUGUAGAAUUGCAUUCCCUUUUGCUGUGCCAUCUUUUUUUUAAUGAGUCCUUGUUACAUUUUUGUUCCCCCUUCUCUCUGGACCAUGAUAAACCUCAGUAGUGACUUCUGGAGCACAGGAUAACUUAAGAAGCUAAGAGCGACAAGACCUUUACACGAAGAUGUCAUUUGCAUGUAUGAGAUAGAAAGGUGUUUAUUAGAUAAGUUACAGGCUUACUUUAAAUCAUUUAUGCUCCAAGGUAACUGUAAUUUAAUGGUGGUAGUAUAGCAAAUUAUGAUGAAUAGCUUUAAUUGUAUGUUUAAAAGUCAUGUUCGCAAGCUUAAAUCUGGGUAUCAGAAUUUAAGCAAUUCUUGAAAUGUGUGAGUGUCUCCUUAAUAUACUGAUUACAAAGCAUUUCCAGUGUGUGUCACUACAGGCUUUUUUUUUUCCCUCCCAGAUGAAAAUAUUAACUUUCUACUAAGUUCUGCAAAUUGCCUUUCAACUAGUUCAUGAGAUAUAUCCAAAUGGAAAAAAAGUUUUAACUGGAAAUAAAUAUUUAAUAUGAAACAAAGGUAUUCAGUGAAAGUAGAGGGAUGAAUUAUGAACCAAGAAAUGGGGAUUUAAAAAACUUUACAGACACUGGAAUGAGCCUUAUGCCCAUUUAUCCAUUUCUGAGUUGCUGGAUUUAUUCUAAUGAAGUUUAAAAAUUCCAGUUGUGGAAGUGGGAAGUGCAGUUCCUGGCUCCAGCACUAACUCCACUGUUAACUGUGAUGCUUGCACCUAUUCAUGUUUUUCUUGACAGGAUAUGUCAGUUUUUGAAAAACUAAAACUUGAUCUAAAGAAUAAGCCCAAAACUUCAGUGUGUGUUGUCAUAGUGACUUUCCUCAUUGGUAACCUCUUUCAAUUCUUGGGUCAUCUUUUUCAGUCUGUCUGCUAGAUAGCUACCUUCUUGUUUGGCUAUGAAGCAGUUUUUCAGGAAAACAUUAACAAAUCAAAAUAAAAUGGCAAAAUUAGUUUUCAUUAGAUUUAUAUGCAGUUUAAAAAUUUUGCAAUGAUCAUGUUAUAUAAUACAUUUGAAAUUUUAAGGACAUUUUAAAAAUUAAAAUACAAUAAUCUUUACAUGAGGAGGCUUUCCAUAUUUCCAAAUCAAAACCACAGCCUAGUAGGAUAAUCCAAAAAUGGAAACAAGUGAGAAUGUGGUGGAAUUGGAACCUGUAUAAUCCUGGUGAGAAUUUAAACUGGUGGAGCUGGAGGUGGCUAUGGAAAAGUUCAGCAGCUCCCCAAAAAGCUAAACAUGGAAUUACCAUAUCUAACCCAGUAAUUCUUAAAUACCUGUGUACCAGUUCUUACUGCGGCAUUAUUCACAAUAGUCAAAGUGGAAACAAUCCACAAAUACAAAAAAUGGAUCAACAAAAUGGCAUGUAUAUAUGGCAGACCCAAAGGGACAAACAUGAAAUAUCUAGGCAAACUCAAGGAGGAGAGUGAUGGAGAAUUAGUGCUUUGUUUCUGCUGAGGGGUGAUUGAAAAGGGCAGAAUAAUGAUGACUGCCAAUAAUUAAUGAAUUACGUAAAAGUGGUUUAGUAUAUUUUACACGUUUUACUACAGGAAGGAGUCAAGUGGAAGUACUAAAAAAGUUACAACCUGGAGAGGCAGAAAUAGACCAGUUUGUCUUUGUAUUCAACCCACCAGAAAAAAGAUACUAGCCAAGGUCACAAGUGAAAUUCCUAGCUCCAGCACUAACUCCACUGCUACCUGUGAUGCUUGCACCUAUUCAUGUUUUCAGAGACUAAAAAUAACAGGCUGAUAGUGGCCCGUGAAGGUGCUCUCUGGCAGAUCUAACUGAAUUUGGUGUCAUCUUUCCUGCAUAUGGUAUUUCUUGUCACCCUUGGCUACAACUAGAAUUACUGGAAAGCUGUGAAACAGACUGAAAAUUUGAAUCCCACCCUUGGGGGACUUGAGUGUACUUGAGCUGGAUUAUAGCCUCCAUAGGAUGAUUAUGUACAACCAAGGAUGAAAGCCACCAGUAUAGGGGUACGGCUAUAUCAACUAUCUGACGGUAAUGCAACUAUUAAAAUUGCUGUGGACGGUCAAAUAAUGGUG